CGUGCCAUGAGGACCCUGUGGAUGGCGCUGUGCGCGCUGGCGCGGCUGUGGCCCGGGGCCCUGGCCGGUUGCGCCGACGCGGGGCGCUGCUGCCCCGGCCGGGACCCCGCCUGCUUCGCCCACGGCUGGAGGCAGGACAGGGUCUACGGGACGUGCUUCUGCGACCAAGCCUGCCGCCUCGCCGGGGACUGCUGCUUCGACUACGCCAGGGCGUGCCCAGCUCGCCCGUGCAUCGUGGGGGAGUGGAGCCCCUGGAGCGGCUGUGCGGACCAGUGCAGGCCCACGGCCCGCGUGCGGAGGCGCGCGGUACGGCAGGAGCCCCGGAACGGCGGCGAGCCCUGCCCGGCCCUGGAGGAGAGAGCCGGCUGCUUGGAGUAUGCGACGCACCAGGGCCAGGACUGCGGGCACGCCUUCGUCCCUGCCUUUAUAACCACCUCUGCAUUCAACAAGGAGCGAACAAGACAAGCGGCCUCCCCACAGUGGUCCACAGACACAGAGGAUGCUGGAUACUGUAUGGAGUUCAAGACAGAGUCAUUGACUCACCACUGCGCCAUGGAAAACCGGCCCCUGACCCGAUGGAUGCAGUAUCUCCGAGAGGGCUACACGGUGUGUGUGGAUUGUCAGCCUCCAGCUAUGAACUCUGCGAGCCUUCGAUGUUCUGGAGACGGCCUGGACUCUGACGGAAAUCAGACCCUCCAUUGGCAAGCAAUUGGCAAUCCUCGAUGUCAAGGAACUUGGAAAAAAGUUCGGCGAGUAGAACAGUGUUCCUGUCCAGCUGUUCACAGUUUUAUUUUUAUAUAG